AUGGAGGCAAUACUACUUGAGUCAGUAAUAGCAAAAACAAAACACCCACAGUUUAUGGAGUACGGACGCUUCAGAGAGAGAAGGGAGCCAGAAUAUCCGUCCAUCUUCGACAUCUUUCCCUGUCAACCGACUCCAGGACCUGCCCCUCGCAUCAAGAAAGAAGAGGAUAAGGACGAUACUCGGAAGGAAGGCCGUGCAGAGGGCCAUGCUGUUUGCCGUGUCAAGAAGAGGAAGGCAGCCGAAGAAAUACCACCGUCUGAUGACCGCGCGCGCAGACACACCGAGCAGCGUCGCCGUCGCCGCAAGAGACGUGAGAAUAAACUGGUCGCUGCGCCGCAGGAGGGCCCUGCUGGGGUCCACGUUAUCGGGCGCUUCAAAGUGAAUAACGUCGAAGAAGAUAAUCCACCGUUUAAGAAUCAAGACACCGACCUGCCUACACAAAGAGAGAUAUGCUCCGAGGAACGAGAUAUGAUACUGGUCGAUGCGCCGCUGGAGGGCCCCAGUGUGGUGGAUGGUGCCAAGAUGGAUCAAGAGGAGGAGAUAGUAGCUGAGUGUCUCGUCAUUGCUGUCAAGAUGGAUUUGGAAGAGGAGGCAGCCGAGAGUCCCAUGGGUGCUGCCAAGAUGGGCGAAGUGUCUGGAGAGAUUGAGAAAGGGGCACAUGAGGUUCUUGUGGAUGCCGCUAACAUUGAUCCAGUAUGUGGAGAUGAGGAUGAAGGGGCAGCUAAGGGUCUCGUGAACGCUGCAAAGAUGGAAGAAGCCUGUCAGGAUUUAGAGGAGGAGGCAGCCGAGAGUCUGAUGGGUACUGCCAAGAUGGGCGAAGUGUCUGGAGAGAUUGAGGAAGGGGCAGAUGAUAGUCUCAUGGAUGCUGGAGAGAUUGGCCCAGUACGUGUAGAUGAUGAGGAAGGUGUAGCUAAGGGCAUUGUGAGUGCUGCAAAGAUGGAACAAGCCUGUCAAGAUUUAGAGAAGGCGGCAACCGAGAGUCUGAUGGGUGCUCCCAAGAUGGGCGAAGUGUCUGGAGAGAUUGAGCAAGGGGCAGAUGAUGGUCUCAUGGAUGCUGGAGAGAUUGACCCAGUAUGUGUAGAUGAGGAAGAAGGGGCAGCUAAGGGCCUUGUGAAUGCUGAAAAAAUGGAACAAGCCUACCAAGAUUUAGAGGAGGAGGCAGCCGAGAGUCUGAUGGGUGCUGCCAAGAUGGGCGAAGUGUCUGGAGAGAUUGAGAAAGGGCCAUAUGAUUGUCUCAUGGAUGCUGCAGAGAUUGACCCAGUAUGUGUAGAUGAGGAAGAAGGGGCAGUUAAGGGCCUUGUGAAUGCUGAAAAGAUGGAACACGCCUAUCAAGAUUUAGAGGAGGAGGCAGCUGUGUGUAUCAUGGGUGCUACGAAGAUGUGUGAAGCGUUUAGAGAGAAUAUGGAAGCCGCAGAUGAGGGUCUUUUGGAUGCUGGAGAGAUUGGCCCAGUAUGUGUAGAUGAGGAGGAAGGGUCAGCUAAGGGCCUUGUGAAUGCUGAAAAGAUGGAACAAGCCAAUCAAGAUUUAGAGGAGGAGGCAGCCGAGAGUCUGAUGGGUGCUGCCAAGAUGGGCGAAGUGUCUGGAGAGAUUGGGAAAGGGGCAGAUGAUGGUCCCAUGGAUGCUGUAAAGAUUGACUCAGAAUGUGGAGAUGAGGAGGAAGGGGCAGCUAAGGGUCUCGUGAAUACUGCCAGGGUGGAACAAACCCAUCCAGAUUUAAAGGAGGAGGUAGCUGAGAGUCACAUGGGUGCUGGCAAGAUUGUUGAUGACUGUGAAGAUGAGGAGGAAGGGUCAGCUGAGACUCUCGUGAAUGUUGCCAAGACGGAACAAGCCCCUAGAUAUCUAGAGGAGGACGCAGCAGUGAGUCUCAGGGGCGCUGCCAAGUUGGAGGAAGUCCGUGUAGAGGUGGAGGAGGGGGCAGCCGGGAGUCUUUGUAGCCAACUCUUGGGUACCGCUUUUACCCACUGA